AUGGCUACCUGCAAUAAACUAAUAACACCAAACAUGAGAAAAUGUUUUGCCGCUUUAUCAAUUCGUUUCUAUUCGGCAACGCCUGUUCGCAGACUGGCCUCUGUCGGUAAUGCCAUAGCUCACAACACGGUAGACCGAACAAAUCCCCAACUACUUUCUUCUGCUGCGAUAUUUGCUAACGGACCACCACGAAACGAUUGGACUCGUGAAGAAAUAAAGACAAUUUAUGAUUCUCCUAUCAUGGAAUUGCUGUUUUAUGGGGCUAAAGUUCACCGCGAAAAUUUCAGUCCGCUUGAAGUACAGCAAUGCACGCUACUCAGCAUAAAAACAGGUGGCUGUAGUGAAGAUUGUGCAUACUGUCCACAGUCUUCGCGAUACAAAACAGUUGUCAAAGCACAAAAGCUUUUGGAAACUGACGAGGUUUUGGUAGCAGCGAGAAAGGCAAAGGAAGCGGGUAGUACACGAUUUUGUAUGGGUGCUGCGUGGCGAGAUCUUGCUGGUCGGAAAUCUAAUUUCAAAAAGAUUUUGAGUUAUGUAAAGGAAAUUAAAGCUAUGAAUAUGGAAGUAUGCUGUACAUUAGGCAUGCUUAACGAAGAACAAGCUAAAAUGUUAAAAGAGGCUGGACUUACCGCAUAUAAUCAUAACCUGGAUACAUCGCGAGAAUAUUAUCCUAAAAUUAUAACCACUCGUUCAUACGACGAACGUCUCAACACAAUAUCUAAUGUUCGAGACGCUGGAAUAUCUGUCUGUUCGGGCGGAAUAAUCGGGUUAGGCGAGACCCCGGAUGACCGUGUCGGUAUGUUGCAUACCUUGGCUACCAUGCCUGAACAUCCUGAAAGUGUACCGAUUAACGCAUUGGUCGCUGUUGAAGGUACUCCACUUGGGAAACAGGAGCCUGUUUCAAUAUGGGAAAUGAUUCGCAUGAUUUCUACAGCAAGAAUUGUCAUGCCUAGAUCAAUGGUGAGACUUUCCGCUGGGCGUAUAAGAUUUUCAGAACCAGAACAGGCUUUAUGUUUUCUUGCCGGGGCAAAUUCUAUAUUCACUGGCGAUAAACUAUUGACUACCUCAAAUAAUGACUAUGAUGCCGACCAGGAAAUGUUUAAAACACUUGGUUUAAUUCCUAAACCUGCAAAUUUCAAUCAAG